CCGCCAUGGCGGCCGAGGUGCGGCUGAAGCGGCUGGAGGAGCUGGUGCUGGACCGGCGCGCGCUGGGCCCGGAGGCGCUGGUGGACCUGCUGCUGUGCGUGGAGCACGAGCUGCGCGCCUCGCCGCUGGCGCAGGAGAAGCACAUCGCCGAGUUCCUGCGCUGGGCGGAGCCCGUGACCAGCCGGCUGAAGGAGCUGCGGCUCCAGCGGGAGGACUUUGAGAUCCUAAAGGUGAUCGGCCGAGGAGCCUUCAGUGAGGUGGCCGUGGUAAAGCAGAAGAAGGGUCCCCGUGUGUACGCCAUGAAAAUCAUGAAUAAGUGGGACAUGCUGAAGCGAGGCGAGGUCUCCUGCUUCCGGGAGGAACGCGACGUCUUGGUGAACGGAGACCAGCGCUGGAUCACGCGGCUGCAUUUUGCUUUCCAGGACGAGAACUACCUGUACCUGGUGAUGGACUAUUACGUGGGGGGCGACCUCCUGACACUGCUGAGCAAGUUCGGGGACCACAUCCCGCUGGAGAUGGCUCGGUUCUACCUGGCCGAGAUGGCGAUGGCCAUCGACUCCAUCCACCGCAUGGGCUACGUGCACAGAGACAUCAAGCCCGACAACGUCCUGCUGGACCAGUGUGGGCACAUCCGGCUGGGGGACUUUGGCUCCUGCCUCAAGCUCCGGGAGGACGGGACGGUCUGCUCGGCGGUGGCGGUGGGCACCCCGGAUUACCUCUCCCCAGAGAUCCUGCACGCGGUGGAGGACGGAGCACAUUCCUACGGCACGGAGUGUGACUGGUGGUCCCUGGGCGUCUUCGCCUACGAGAUGUUCUUCGGGCACACCCCGUUCUUUGCCGACUCUGUGGUGGAAACCUACGGCAAGAUCAUCCAUUUCAAAGAGCAUUUCCGCUUCCCCCCGUCGGCGCCGGAAGCCCCGCCGGAAGCCCAGGCCUUGAUCGAAGGGCUGAUCUGCCCCCGAGAGACGCGGCUGGGACGGAACGGGCUCCGCGACUUCCAGGAGCACCCCUUCUUCGCAGGCGUGGACUGGGAGAACCUACGGGGCUGCACUCCGGCGUUCGUGCCCGAGUUCGCCAACGCCACUGACACCUGCAACUUCGACGUGGUGGAAGACUGUCUCACUGACAUGGUGAGCGGGGGAGGGGAGACGCUGUCCGACGUGCUCGAAAGCUCUCCGCUGGGGGUGCACCUGCCCUUCGUGGGAUACUCGUACACCUACACCGCACUGAAACAGAAUGAGGCCGAAGACGGUGGCCCCCCAGACCCCGCCAUGGAGGUGGAGUGCGGCAGGAGGAUCGCGCCUGCGGAGCCGCCCCCCCAGGCCCCCCCCGAGGAGCUGGCGGGCAAGCUGCCGGAUGGGCCGCAGCCGGACCUUGCCGCGUUCCUGGAGCUGCAAGCGGCGCUCGCAGAGGAGCUGAGGAGCCGCGAGGUGCUGUGCCAGGAGCUGAGCAUGGUCAAGGUGGCCAACCAGACCUUCGCCAGCCAGCUGCAGGAAGCCCAGAGCCGCAACCUGGAACUGGAAGCGCAGAUCAGACGCCUGCAGGAGCAGAUCGACGGGAUGAACGUGAUGGGCGAGGAAGCUGCUCUGGGGUGGAGCCCCCGCUGGCCUCACAACCAUUCCCACCCUUUCUUGUGCGGCGUGGAGCGCCCCGUUGACGCAGCACCAUGGCAUCUCGGCUCUGUGAAUACCCGCUUGUGGUACCUCUGUACCGGCACUUGCUGCUCUUUUCCAGGGUACAUAGGCCCUGCAUCGUCAAGGUGGGAUACCUGCUCCUGUGCACUGGCGGAUUGGUGCCGGAGGCCCCCCCCCGGGGCUGACUGGAUGUGGCGUGAACGCUGCCAGGAGAGGGGCCGGCUGUGUCUGGCCGCUGCGCGCACCUGCCUGGUGAACCCUUGCUGGGCAUUUGGGAGCCCUCUUGCCACUGGACGCUCGUUGCCCUGGAGGACUCUUGGGCCCGGAGGCGUGGCAGCGCCGGGUCCCCUGCCCCAGCAGCGAGGGGGGCCCUGCCCCCUCCCGCUGCAGCUGGCGUGGCCCACACUCGCCCCCGGCGCCCUGCCCGGCCCCCGCUCAGGAUCCUGGCCUCCCUCUCCCAUCGCCCCCGUGGCUGCCACGGGCGUCUCUCCGGUGCCUUCCCCCAGCAGCCGCCCCACCUCGUACUGUUGGGCAGUCGGGCAGGCUCUGAGGAGGGCUUUUCUUGGGGGGCCGAGUUCUUAAGCUGCGCAGAACCCAGCUGACCCCCCCCCCCCCGGGAUUGUUCCGUUGGAUCGCUCCAGCCUGAGCAGCCUUGGCGCUUCACCCCCGAGAGCCCAGCUCUCCAGGGGCCUUCCGGGCCUGGAGGAAAACGCGCCUGCUCCGGCCACGAUCCUCCACGUGGACUUGACUUGACGCGCCUGUUGCUGCUGGCUCCCCAGCCGCACGUGGGAAACGCCUUUCCGGACUCUGCUGUGCCACCCACCGUGUUUGCCGGAGACCCACUGCCACAAGCCGCUUCUGCUUCCCUUUGGCUUGGGCCAGCCAGCAACUUCAAGGACUCCUGCGCCGUGGCACCUGGGUUCUUUGUGCCAGGUGCCGCGACCCGCUUGGUGCAAUAAAGCUCCCGGCGGAGGCAGCACCAGCAGGUGAGGGCAAUCACGCCCUCCGCCAGCUCUGGCUCUGGCCUCCAUCUUGGAUCCCCAGGGAAGGAAGGGAUGGCCAGGAGCCAGCCAUCCCGGGCACGAGGCCCGUCCCCACAGCCCCGCAGGGGCACAGGCUGCAACCAAUGCCUCCGAGUCACACCGAGGGCCAGCGACUCACUGGCCAGGAGAGCCGUGGAGGGGCAGCCGCAGCAGGCCCAUUCUGCCGUAUGGCCAGGUGUGAGCUCAGACAAGGUUGAAAAGCCCACGCGGGCCGGCACCGCUUAUACCCGCACUUGCACACUUCUGUCGCCCGGGGGCAGCACCAGCCUGUCUUCCUCCACACUUCCAGCACACACAAGGUUCUUUGCGAUUUAUUGGGGAUUGUGGUGUUUGGCAGUAAAUCUUAUGUGCCCCCCCUGCCCCCCACAACCAGCAGGAGACACCUUUGCUCCCCGCCUUGCCAGAAGCAAGCGGAACUCGUGUGUGGAUGUUUCUCAAGCAGAAAUGCACAGAACAAGAUUUAGGGUUAGUUUUAAGGUUUUGCACUAUGCUCCUCUUGGGCCUCUCCACCUCCCCCUGUAUUUAUUAUGCCCCCCCCGCGUAAUAAGGUACAUUUGGUUGGAUGCAUGAGAACACUGUACGUUUGUGGCCAUGUGAGUUAAGGGGAUCCCCUCUUCAAGAGAUGAAUAAAGUUGGAACUAUUCCAUGUCCCCUGGA